UGUUCAGUUGAGCAGCAGGUGGUACGCUCUGCAGUACCUGAGGGUGGCGGCUGGGCUCACAGAUAGCAGCGGGCUCGCUAAGUUACAGUCAUGGCGGGUUUGAGGUUCUUCUCGCCCAUUUGUUACCUGCUCUUUCUCUCAGGGUCCUCCACUGGAAUACAAGUUACUGUAAACAAUCCAUUUAAUGUGGUAAUCUUAUUCCAGCCGGUUACUCUGCAGUGCAAUUAUGUUACUAGUUCUUUACAACCACCUAUCGUUCAAUGGAAAUACAAAUCUUUCUGUAGAGACCGCAUUGCAGAUGCAUUUAAUCCAACUGGUCAAGAUACUCAAAUAAAUGCUCAGUUACAACAGAAUAAUCCUGGCUAUAACCCAUAUGUGGAGUGUCAAGAUAGUGCAAGAACAGUGAGAAUGGUGGCCACUAAGCAAGGCAACACUGUUACUUUGGGGGAUCAUUACCAAGGACGCCAAAUCACCAUAACGAACAAUGCAGAUCUCAGCAUUGACCGGACCUUAUGGGGUGAUAGUGGAGUCUACUAUUGCUCUGUUAUAUCAUCACAGGAUCUUACAGGAAACAACGAGGCUUAUGCAGAACUUUUGGUCUUGGGUAUAACAUCAAACAGAACUGAAAUAUUACCAGACUUUCAGAUAGGGAACAUGGAAGACUGGCUAUUUGUUGUGCUUGUUGUCCUUGGCGGGUUCUUUGUUUUUCUGCUCAUUGGAAUUUGUUGGUGCCAGUGUUGCCCACACACCUGCUGCUGUUAUGUGAGCUGCCCGUGCUGCCCAGAGAAAUGUUGCUGUCCGAGAGCUUUGUAUGAAGCUGGAAAGGCUGCAACUUCUGGGAUUCCAAGUAUCUAUGCACCAAGUGUUUAUGCGCCUUCUGUAUACUCGCAUCCAAGCCAGGUGAAGAUCCCUCCCCCAGGUUCCAUGAUCGCCAUGGGACCUGUCCAGCCUAUGUACAAUGGCUAUGGAAUGGAUUUUGAUGCAGCAAGUUCUGUUGGAGGACAUAGUUCUCAAGCACCUCUUAUUCGUGAUAAUGAUGUCGCCAACUCUGUUAGGAGUGGGUAUCGCAUUCAAGCUAACCAACAAGAUGAUUCUAUGAGAGUCCUUUAUUAUAUGGAGAAAGAACUUGCAAAUUUUGAUCCUUCAAGACCAGGGGACCCCAAUACUAGAUAUGAUAAAUCAUCAGCAAUGAGUGAGGUAAGCUCUUUGCAUGAAGAGGAUCAUAGAAACAACUUAAGAAGUGGUUUGGGUCGCUUAAGGAAUCAAGCUAUGACUCCUAUUCGAGACAUUGAAGAGGAAAGUCUUCUUGGAAGUGACAUAAGGCGUACCCAACCAUCAAGACAAGACCCAUAUGCAGAGGACAGAUUUCGCGGGGGACCUGUCAUAGAUCGAAGAGCACGUUCCCAUUCAGUGGAUGAUCUGGAUGACUUUGACAGAAGAGAUCGAUAUCCCUAUCGUGAGCCACAAUAUGAUGGUCGCAGCAGGGGAAGACGGAAUUCAGAUGAUGAAAGUAGUAGCCGAGGAUACAGCAGAAGCCGACAAGGGCAUUCUCCUGAGCCUCCUUCCUAUGGAGGAAAGAGGAGUCGUAGCAGGGAUGAUCUUAGAGAUAUGGACCGCUCUCGUAAUGACCCUGAAUAUGAUGAUAGGUUCCUAGAGGAUGUGUUAAGACGAAAGCAACAGAGAGCAGGAAGUAGAGAUGGUUUAGAAAGUAUUGGUCACUCUGCACCACGUUCUGAUGUUAGAAGGAAUAGAAAUGAUGAUGAUUUUCCUCCUCCACCUCCUCCAUAUACUGAAACAGAAUCUGUUUCAUCAAGGGGCAAGAAAAUAAAAAAAAGCGAAGCAUUAAGCCGGGAUAGUUUGGUGGUUUGAAGAGUCCUUUUACAGGUGGUGACCCAUAAACGUGGAUUUGAUGAGUUUUUCUUUCACCUGUCUACUUGUGUAUAUAUUUAUAUAUUAACUAGACUGUAUGCCAUCUUUGCUGGUGAAGAGGCUGUAAUUGAAAAUAUAUUGAUUUUACAAAUUGUGCUUUCCAACUUUACAGUAUACCCAUUAAAAUGGUUUUAAUGUGAAACAUGCAAAUGUUAUUUAACAUAAUUUGAGUAUGAAAGCAAAGUCUCAGUUUUGUAUAUCACUGUAAGAUAAUGAAUUAUUUACGUUUUGUAUAACUGUAUGAGUUUUGUUAUAAUGAAGUAUUGUAUCAUGUGCAUCACAUAAUGAGGCAUAUUAUCACGUAUACUUUUUUUUUUUAAUUAUUGUGCAUUUUUAUGAAUUCUGCAUUCUUAUACAUUUGUAAAUACCUUUUUUUUAUUUUAUGUCAGGGUUUUAUAUUUGUAUUUUUAUGAUAAUUUAGUUUACUUAAAAAAUUGUUCAUCUGAAUAAAAAAGUUCUGAUAUUUUAUGAAAUGGGGAAAAAAGUAAUUGUGCAAUGUUAAAGUGAAUUUAAUUUUAUGGGAGAAUGAUUGUAAUCCUUACAAAAAUAUAUUUAUAGCAUGAACAUAAUCGGCAAAAUUAAAAGAAGUUGAAAACUU